AUGGCGACGUACCGGCCGGAUAGCAACACUCUCCUCGCCAACGACUCGGUCCUGGAGUACGUGCUGGAGACGACGGUGUACCCGCGGGAGCACGAGCGCGUGCGCGAGCUCCGCCUCAUCACACAACAGCAUCCCAAGUCUUUCAUGGGAUCGUCCCCCGACCAGAUGCAGUUCUUCUCCGUCCUGCUCAAGAUGAUCGGCGCAAGGAACACUAUCGAGGUCGGCGUGUUCACCGGCUACUCGCUGCUCUCCACCGCUCUCGCCCUCCCCGCCGAUGGCAAGGUGGUUGCCAUCGACGUGAACCGGGAGUACUACGAGCUGGGCCGGCCGGUGAUCGAGAAGGCCGGCGUGGCGCACAAGGUGGACUUCCGCGUGGGCGACGGCCUCGCCGUGCUCGAUGGGGUUUUGGCCGAGGACGGCGGCGCCAAGGCCGGCACGUUCGACUUCGCGUACGCGGACGCCGACAAGCUGCAGUACGCCGGGUACCACGAGCGUCUGCUGCGGCUGGUGCGUGUCGGCGGCACCAUCGCCUACGACAACACGCUCUGGGGCGGCUCCGUGGCGAUGACCCGCGACACGCUGGGCAGCUCCGAGUACGACCGCGUGGUGCGGGACUACAUGAUGGAGUUCAACGCCGCCGUCGCGGCCGACGACCGCGUCGAGGCCUGCGUCCUCGCCAUCGCCGACGGCGUUACCCUGUGCCGCCGCGUGAAGUGA